AUGGGCUUGGUGAUUUGCAUGUUCAGCUCGCCUUACGCUUGUGCAGCUGCAAGCCUGAUACCGGUCGUUAGCGGUUGUUGUCUGAAUGUGGCCCAAAGUAAAUGGAGGGAUUUCACGAGGAAGUGUAUGAUUGUCUGCACCACCAGCUUUAUACUUCUUACGAUUGUGUUGUUCACCUUGUCAAAUCCGGGUGCGAGUGGCGGUCCAGCAACUGAGCGCGUCCUGUCAGACCAAGCUAACACCAUUGGAAUGCUCAUGGCCGUGUUCUAUGUGAUCCCUCUGGUUCUCAGCUGCGCUUAUCCAAUGUACGGAGAGCAUUGCUGCACAGCGACGAAGGACGAGGAGGUCCCUGACUCUGAAGAAAAGAUCCAAGAGACUGGAAAGGUGGAUUACGUAGUGUUGGUGAGUGCGAUUUUACAUUGGGGGGUGAUCGGUGUGUUCAUUAUGUUCUAUUUGUACCUGGCCGUCUCACACUCGCUCGAUGUCCAAGAAGAUUGGGAGGUAGUGUUCGAGGGUAACGCGACGAAGAAUCCUCCUCCCCCUCUUGAAACCAACGCGAGCCAGUGA